GUUCGUUCGCCCGCACACGCGUACUUGCAGAAGAGACCGAAAGGAUAAAAUCAGUUCUAUCGCAGCUCGAAAGUCACCGAGAGUUUAGAAAACACUUUUAACGAGUUCUAUCAGACGUGAGCCGUUACGGUCAUUCGAGCACUCCAUCUGCCAGUCCUGUUUAUUAUGGUAUGCUGAGAAUUUUUAGGUCAGUAGCCAUGCGUGUGGAACUUUUGCUGAACUUGGUGUGCGUGGUGUUUUUGGGUAUUUUUGAUGUUGCGACCCCCUGUCUAAUGAUCAGUGAGAUAAACUGUGACAAUCCCAAACUGGACACUCAGGAAUUUGUGGAGUUGUACAAUGAAGGUUCGAAUCCUGCUUCUCUGGAUGGCUAUACGCUUGUGUUUUACAACGGCAAUGGAGACCAAGCGUACCGUGUCAUUGAUCUAAGUGGACACCAGACGGACCAGCGAGGCUACUUCUUAGUUGGAUCUUCUGAACUGAUUCCCCGUCCCACAAUCAUUCUCCCACCCAACUCCGUUCAGAAUGGACCUGAUGCCAUUGCGCUCUACGGGCCCAAUUGGACUCCGGUUCUAGUAAAUGGACAUGUUUCCAGAGUUGGUUUGAUAGACGCUGUGGUGUACACUUCUCGUAAAUCUGCAGAAGGUGCUGAUGGGCUUGCAUCGGUUCUGACGCCAGGCUCGGUUCCAUACGUUGAGGAUGAGCUGGCUUUGUUAGGGGAUGAGUCAAUUCAACGCUGCUGGCAGUCUGAAAACCUCUGGACGUUCCAUACAGGCCCGCCCACUCCUGGAUGGGUCAAUCACUGCCCGCCGCCAACCCCCGGCCAUGUUUGGAUCAAUGAAGUGGAUCUCGGUGGGCCAGAUCAAAAGGGCCUUGUGGAGCUCAAUGUUGGCAUGGUAACCGGAUCGUUUUCUGUGGUUCUUUAUGAUGUCACCACGGAUUUGAUUAGCUCAAGUGUGGAGUUCAGUGCAACAGGUGCUGGAUUCGUUACCCUACAUUUGGAUACUGGGAUUUUGUCAGUGUCAAAAAGUGCGGCUUUGGCAGUGUAUAAAGGCCCGGCUUCAGACUUCCCCAAGGGCAGCCCCCUCAGCCACCAGCAGCCAAUCGAUGCCUUUGUUUAUAGUGAUUCAAUGCACAUGCCCAGCGAUAACCUCACAGAGACGCUCAUACCUGGGAGAAAACCAUUCAUACUCACAGAAAGUUUUCACACAGUAGGUCUUUAUGGCAGUCGCUGCGGUGUUGCUGAAUGGACGAGAGAUCCGGGACUGUUUGUAACGAGGCCGCGAAGUCCCGGAAAAGCAAAUGACUGCGUUUGGUUUCAGUCCUGCCCACGUAACAUCACAUCUUACACAUCACCGACAGGACGGCUCCAGCCCCCCUUUCAUAGCAAUUAUGAUUUUUUGCUUAACGAGAUCAACUCUGAUUCACCUGGAGCAGCAGAAGACGAGGAGUUCAUCGAGUUGUGGCAUCCGUCUGGCUACCGUAUGUCCCUUGAUUUCAUCUGGUUGGUGAUGAUCAAUGGACAGACUGGCAAACCUUACUUUGAACUGGAGCUCAGUGGACAUUACACUGACGAUGACGGAUACUUCCUGAUUGGCAGUGCUAAGCUCGCUGCAGACGUUAACAUCACAGUCAACACUAUUCAGAAUGGACCAGAUGCCAUAGCUUUAUAUCGCAGCGAGUCACCGCCCUCUAUGGGGAGUCAGAGUAUUCCUACGGACGGUUUGCUGGAUGCAGUGGUUUACCGUACUCGUGGAUCUGACAAAAAGUCUUUGGAGCUAACAGAAGCACUUACACCUGGACAGCUCCCCCUGCUGGAGGACAGUAAUGCAUUACCUGGCGACGAGACACUCACCCGAUGUGGAGCUGGAAGAAUCAACCUCAGUUCUUACAGGGUCGCUUCUCCAACACCAAGGAAGAUGAAUGACUGCCCAGCCACACCCAAUAUAGCCCCACCCCCUGGGGGUGUCGUUUUUAAUGAGUUCGGCCUGGACGACACACUGAAUCCUUUUGUGGAGCUGGUUGGUCCACCAUUGACUUCAUUGCUUGGAAUUAUUUUGGUAUUUUUUGUUGAUGAAGAUAAAAAACUAAACUACCCGCUAACUGGCAGCACAGGAAGUGAUGGGUUCUAUUUUCUCAAGAACAGCUCUAGUGCAGAUCAGGGUUUGCCAGAUCUGACUGAUUUCAGUGCAGUGGUCUUGUGUUUUGAGCCAUCAGGAUCCGGUGUUUGUGGGACUAACUCAAGUUAUUUGGACCGGUUCAUCAGUUCCAAUAAUUCGUGGUUGGAGAGUAUUCUCCAGUACAACACAUCAGACAUCAGACCCCCAGACAUUGGAGUCCCAGCGCCCGGUAUGAAUUCUGUAUCUCGCUGCGCGUCAGAUGGGCCCAUAAAGUGGAUUAUUUCUCAGACGACUCCUCGUCUACAGAACCUCUGUCCAAGUCCUGCCCAUUCCGUCUCGGUGGACCUGUGCCUGCAGCCGGAAAAUAAUGAUUGGCAGGGAAAAUCAGGAAAUUGUGCCAUGGAGGGAUUUUCUGAUUUAUUAGAACAAAUUUGUAACUGCGGCAUCAGAAGCGUACAUCUUAAGGGUGUGAAUGUAUCCUGUGUACCGGGUAGAGUGUAUGCCGUAGGGUCUGUCUUUACUGUGUCUGACCAGCAGAGGGUGAGUCUCACUUCAGGACUGGACGACAAUAAACUCCUGUGUUCAGCACCACAGGAACAACAGGUUCAUGGAGAAGGGGCAUCUGUUGGCCUGCAGGUGGGGCUUGUGCUCACAGCGGUUCUGUUGUUUGGAUUGGGUGCUGCCUUGUUUGUUUACCUGUACAAAAAAAGGCGGCCUGCUGACUACCUCUCAAUGCAGCUGAAUGAACAGGCCGAUACGCCACUUCAACUUUAGUGUGUUUGCAUGGGUGUGUGUGUGAGUUUCUGUGUUGGUGAAUGCUUGCAGGAUCAUACAUGUCUGUGAAUGUUUAUGAGGUACAGUGUUUUUAAAAGUAUUUUUAUUUGUGCUAGAAAUGUAGGCACAAAGAUUUCAAGUUUUGUCAUGUUUUAAAGCCAUAUUACUGAUCCUGCAAUAGAAACAUUCCAACGAUUGUUUCAUUUGUUUAACGUUGUUUAACUUGUUGAAUGUUUAAACCGACGUCCUAAAGAACUUUAUUUUAUUAUAUCCAUCCAAAUGCGUAAUUUCUGCGCUACCAGGGUCACCAAUUGCAAAAAUAACCGCUGUUUUCAAAAAAACUCCCUUCAUCUUCCAGUGGUAGUCAGUGUUGCUGUGCCGUGCUGGACGGGUCACUCAAACAAACAGAGGAAUGUUUUGACUGCACCACAAACUCACAACGCUACACUUUUCAGUGAAAUCAGCCUAAAAAAUGGUUUACCUUUAGUUGACUCUACAUAUUAAGCUGGAGAACAAGAUAUAAUUUUAACAUCAAACAAAUUACACAUCAUAUUUUUGUACAAUUUGAACAUUAAUUGGAAGUGUGUACUCAUCGGUAGGCAAAUGUGCUGCGUCUAGUUUACGAUAACUACUAACUUUGACGACAAACUUUAGCUUGUUGUGAUAUGUGACGGUUUCACCAUGGGAUGCAAAGAUCUCAAAGAUACAAAAUGCACAAUGUUCCUCAAAUUCUGCUGAAGUUGAAGAAUCUUUGAAAAACUGUUUUCUAACUGAGAAAACCUUUGAAAUGACGAACAGAAAUGAACAAAACAAAAUAAUGGAAUAAUGGCAAUAAUUCGGUCCUUAUUAUCGUUCGUGGCGGCAGCUUCUCGGUCUCUGGCGGACAUAGGCAUCUCAGUAAUAACACAAGUUACAAGAUAUGGUGUAAUUCACACAUAUCGCCCGAUUAAACGGCAUUAACAAUAGUUGCACCCAUAGAGUCCAGAAACAUGCGCUGUUUCUCCGCUGUCCUUUCAUCUCUUGCCCUCAUGAGAGAGCGCGUGUUCCCCUCAUUAAAGUUCAAGCAGUAACAAGUGAAAAAUUAACUAUUAAUACAAUCAUCCAACUAAAUGAAAAGGCAGGGAAGGAAUUUAUAAAUAUAAUAAUUCUUUAUACAAUAUUAAGAUACCAUAAUAUAAUGUAUUAAAUAUAAUGCAAUAGGAAUAAUAAUAAUAAUAUGAAAUAAUGACAAUGAAUCAAUAACCAAAAAUGUCACAUUAAGUUUAAUUGCACCUAUGGAUUAUCAGUUUGUCUUCAUUUUGACACUUAAGCUUCAUUUUUUUAUAGGGCUGUCUGUCUUAAUAUAGAGAAUAUUUUGUUAGCCUAUACUUUUUUAAAAGUCUUAUUAAGAAAAUGUAUUAUAGGAACUGAGGUUGAAAUAUCAGAAUUCCCCCCAAAAUACACACCUUUGGCAAAAUUUAUGCGGUUGGCAUUAACACAGCCAAAAUGAUCGAAGAAACAAAAAUGAAAAAGACAAAAAUGUCCCGAAGGUCGCACAAGGUUUAAAGGACUAGCUGCAGUUAUAUGUUCCUGCCAGCUCUGCUUUCGUGAGGUCUAGGUAGAACAGACAAUACACAUACAGGAAAUAGAGGUUUCAGGUUUAAUGUUACGAAUACUGUGCAAUUGCAAUAUGCUCCAUUCUGUGAUUGUUUUUUUGUUUUUUUUACAUUUUACAAUCUUGUCUUGAAUCUAAAGACGUGUGGUAUUUGGUUUUUGGCUGGUGUCUUGUAGAUUUUUUUUUUUCGUUGAUUGUCUAUUCUCAUUGAUUAUUAAUGAUGACUCUUAUGCAAUUUUGUAAAAUAAUGCAAUUUAAAAUAAAGGCUUGUUUGUUAAUAUU